CCCCUUUCUCUACAAAUGGACUCGGACGAAGGCAAGCUGUUCAUAGGAGGACUGGCAUGGGACACCAACGAGGACAAGCUAGCCGACUACUUCAACCAGUACGGUGAUGUCACCCAGACCGUCAUCAUGCGUGACAAGGUCACCGGCCGUCCCAGAGGCUUUGGCUUCGUCGUCUUCUCCGACCCCUCUCUGCUCGACCGGGUCCUCAACGACAAGCACACCAUUGACGGCCGACUGGUUGAGGCAAAAAGGGCUUUAUCAAGAGAAGAACAGCAGACAUCCAAUAGAAGUGGAAACUUUAAUACCAGCAGGAGCUCUGGAGGGGGAGGAAAUUUUAAGACGAAGAAAAUAUUUGUUGGUGGAUUGCCUUCUACACUGACAGAAGAUGGAUUUCGUCAAUUCUUUGAAAAUUAUGGUACCGUGACAGAUGUAGUAAUAAUGUAUGACCAAAAUACUCAACGACCUCGUGGUUUUGGUUUCAUAACAUUUGACACUGAAGAUGCAGUUGAUAGAGUACUACAAAAGAACUACCAUGAGUUGAAUGGUAAACUUGUAGAGGUAAAGCGAGCGCUACCUAAAGAUGCAAAUCCUGGUGGUGGGGGCCGUGGUGGGGGAUAUCAAGGUUACAGUAAUUCUGGGACCAGUACAAAUGCAUUUGAUGGUCGGGUUGAUGGCAAUAGAUAUGUGCAGCUUCAAACUACAGCAGGCGGUUUCCCUCCAUAUUCUGGCUAUGGUGCACCAGGUUAUGGUUAUGGAGCAGCAAAUACAGGGGUUGGUUAUGGAGGUUAUGGAAGUGCCAAUACUGGUUUUGGUGGUCCUGCAGGAUCGUAUGGGAAUCCAAAUGCCCCCAACGUUGGCUAUGUUAGUGGGGUACCUGGUGCCUUGAAAAGUGCUUGGAGCAACCAAACUCCUGGGUAUGGUGCUACUGGCUAUGGGGCUGCAGCUCCUUGGAGUACCCCUGGUGGAAGUGGUGCUCCUGCUCCUAGGGGUCAAUCCCCAAGUGGGGUUUCUGGUUAUGGAAAUCAAGGUUAUGGCUAUGGAAAUUACGGCGGCAGUUACGCUUCUUAUCCUGGUGGGUAUGGGACCUCUGGCGGGCAUGGUGGAAGUACUCCAACAAGCAACUCUGGUGGUAGUGCUAGCGGUGGAGAGCAACAAGGGACUCGUGGUGGUUACAUGGGGAGUGGCUAUGGCGACACCAAUGGUAAUUCGGGGUACUCUAAUGCAUCUUGGAGAUCUGACCCUUCACAGGCCACCGGUGGUUAUGGUGGUUCUCAGUCCAGGCAGGCCUAGCAUCAGAGAUUCAAGAGAUUUUGAAAUUUCUUUCACAGGAAUCCCUCAUGCAUGCGAUCUAUUCCCUGGUCUGAGAGCUUAUGCACGAAAAGAGUUGAAGUGUCCUGAGACUGGUUGGAUUGCUUGAUUCUUGGUGGUAGUUGGCAGCACUAGUUCUGCUAGAAGUGCCAAUACAUUCUAGUAGUAGUAAAUUCUACUUGAAAUUUUCAGAAUUUAUUAUCUAGGUUGCUUAUAUUGUGCGCGCUUGAUAAUUUUGGAGUCUCCUCUUCCCAUUUCCACUCCAUCCUCACUCUCUCUUGCUAUCUUUCUCUCUCAUGGUUUCUAUUGAACUUACUAAUCACUGUCGGUAUUGAUGAUAGUUCUUCCCGGUGCUGCUUUAGUUUUAUUCAGUUGUGAUAUGCUAGGAAUUUGAUGUUGCUCUCUUGUUUUCCACUGUGGGUAAUGUUGAUGUGGUUUAUGUUUC